CCAUCUCAAUAGCUGCCUCUCAACCUGCCUUUCCCACCCAUUCCCAAGCAGGCCCUCUCUUUCAGUUUUCUCCGCUCAAUCCAUCUUACUUUGCACACACUCCACUACCCUCUCAACUCCCCAGCCCCAUCAUUUCCAUCUCAUUGUCCCCACUGCAAUCCCCACCAUGCACAAAGCCCGCUCUGACUCCCAGGAUGACCUCCCGGAAAAUUUCUUCAUCCCAGUGCCCUUGGAUGUUGCCAACAUCACAACUCUCAGCCCUUUUCUGGUACCUCAGACUCACCUUGGUAGUCCAGGCCUCUUUAUGAGCAUGGCUGCCUUCAUGUUCCUAUUGGUUGUACUUGGGGUACCCAUCAACAUCCUCACCAUCUUCUGCACUUUCAAGUACAAGAAGCUCCGCUCCCACCUCAACUACAUCUUGGUCAACCUUGCUGUGUCAAACCUGGUGGUGGUCUGCAUUGGAUCUACCACUGCCUUCUACAGCUUCUCCCACAUGUACUUCAUCAUGGGCCCUCUUGCUUGCAAGAUAGAGGGCUUUGCUGCCACAUUGGGGGGCAUGGUGAGCCUAUGGUCCCUGGCAGUUGUGGCCUUCGAACGAUACUUGGUCAUUUGCAAGCCUCUGGGAAACUUCACCUUCAGAGGCACCCAUGCCAUUGUUGGUUGCAUCAUAACAUGGGUCUUUGGCUUGGUGGCUUCAGUACCACCCCUGUUUGGCUGGAGCAGGUAUAUUCCUGAGGGGCUGCAGUGCUCGUGUGGUCCUGAUUGGUAUACAACGAACAACAAGUGGAACAAUGAAUCUUAUGUCCUAUUCCUCUUCUCCUUCUGCUUUGGAGUGCCCCUGUCGGUUAUCAUCUUUUCUUACGGUCGUCUUCUUCUAACCCUGCGGGCAGUUGCCAAGCAGCAGGAACAGUCAGCCACCACACAGAAGGCUGAGAGAGAGGUGACCAAGAUGGUAGUGGUGAUGGUGAUGGGCUUCCUGGUGUGCUGGUUGCCAUACGCUUCCUUUGCAUUGUGGGUAGUGACCCACCGUGGAGAACCUUUUGACGUUCGUCUGGCCUCCAUCCCCUCUGUCUUCUCCAAGGCCUCCUCUGUUUAUAACCCUGUCAUCUACGUCUUCAUGAACAAGCAGUUUCGUUCCUGCAUGCUGAAACUUGUCUUCUGUGGCAAAAGCCCCUUUGGUGAGGAGGAGGAUGUUUCGGGUUCCUCCCAAGCCACCCAGGUCUCGUCGGUGUCUUCCAGCCAGGUGUCACCAGCGUAACCAUGAGCAAUGCCCACACCACCCACUCUACCUCCAGGGAACACUUCUACUGUAUGCAGCAACACCCUUUGCCCUGCACAGCAGGAUGCGCCCAAUGUGUGCAUUACUCCUGCAAGGGUCCCAUUGCAGUUCCAUUCGUUGCAUCUGGCAUUUGGUUUCUGUACAGGGCUCUCACAUUACAUACCCCAGCCGGCAUUGCUCCACCCGUCUGUACAAUUAAUGUUGCACUACAAACAGUUGUUGUGCUCAUGGACUGCUCUUCCUGUCCCACUGAGGUGAGCAAGGUUAUCGGACACACUGAAAAGCUAUGGAUGGCAAUCAGGAGAGUCACUACCAGCUGCUGCAGAACAGUCAAGACCCUCGCCUUGUGGAAGUGACAUCUGGCUGGUCCAGCCUUCCUGUCUCUGCCACUGCAGGCAAAUCUGUAAAAAGAAGAGCGUCUGGGUUAUAUGUGAAUGUCUUUCUGAGCUCUGGUUUAUGUGCAUUAGGAAUUGGGUGUGCUAUGAACGGUUAGCUUGACAAACUGCAGUGCAUGUACUCAUUUACUUCCACCUCCAUGAGAGAACAGUCCCUUCUCACCAGCAUCAGAUCUGGCAUAUCUGGCCACAGGUGCCUGAUUUGGAGGAGGGAAAAUUUUAUCCUCUUAGAUAGUAAAAUUGCAAGUCAACCUUCCCUUUCUCUUCCUCCUCCAUAUUUCAUUACCUCCAGCAGGAGGCAGCAAAAAUAUAUGUCAAUGCUUACAGAUAGUAGGUCUGAUAACCCUCAAAGCAGAACACAACACCACGGAUGAGCUUUGUGUUCCAGGUAACCCUAAACCUCUGAAUGCAAACACUUUUGCAUGGCAGCUGCAAGGCAUGGAUCACUAAAAUUGCCUGAUGACUUCCAUUGGAGCAAAUGCCAGAGAUAGGUUACUGGGCUCUGUGGACCAUUCCUCCUGAAUUCCUUCCAUUAACACAAUGACUCAUUGGGGUCUUCAGAAUCAGCAUGUCAGAAGACACAAAACCAGUUAACCAGUACCUCUUGAGAAGUUCCUGUCUAAAAUAUAUUUUAAAACCUUCCAUUAAAAAGGAUGGGGAUUUAACAUCCCCUCAUAGCAGGAUAUGUGAAUACUGAGGAGUUAUUUCACAGGGCUGUCAUGUCAUUAUCAGAUAUAGCUAUUCCUAAUAGUUCUCAGAAAAGCAAUUGACUGCACCUUAGGCCACAAAAGUAAGAGCCAAAAGUGCUUUGAACGUGUUAACAUAUUCAAAGCACGUUACAUACGUUGUCUCAAUAAUCGUAACACCAGCCCCAUAAGGCAGCCUGGCAUUAUGAGCUAUAUUACUGAAGGAGAGCUGAUCAACAUGGUUUUGCCUAAGGAUACCUGGUAAGUUCAUAGCUAAAUCAAGAUUUGAAAACUGGGAACAUCCUGACAUAUAGUGUAUGUUCUAAACAAAUAGGAAGGGCCAGGAAUAAAACAAGGUAAAAAACCCCCUCAUAACUUACUCUUUUAGAAUGCCUCAUGACUUCAUGUGACCUCCAAUACUUUGAGUUUCUGGGGAUGGCUAAGUUACUUUCCCCUCUGCUCUUUACCUGUCAUCCCCUCAUGCCAUUGCCAGGGUAGAAAAGAGAGAGAGAGAGAGAGAAAGAGAAACAGGACUCAUUAGGGAAUAAAAGUGAAGGCAGUCUAUAGAGCUUGAGGGGCCAGGCAUGCCCCCCAUAGCCUGCUGAUAGCAGUAGCUGAAGAGGGCUGUCAUGAAAGGUAAAGGGGUCAAGGGCUACCUGCCUUCCCUAUCAUUUGAGCAUUGAGCAACAACCUUCUGCACUAGAUAAACCAGGCUGAUAAGCUUCAAACUUUGCCUCUGCUGUGCAGCCCCCUUUUAGCAUACCCAAGAAGCAGACAGUCAUUGCAGGGCAAUGGUGGGUGUAUUUUGUAAAUAUCCAAUAACCCCUCAAAAUCCACCCACAUCUCUGUAAUUCCCUUCUAUCUUCAUGAUUAUCCCCUAGUAAAUGGAAUACCUCUCCCCAGUCUCUCCCAGUUACAUGAAUAAAUACAAUGGAGAUGCAGCUUUGGAAUCCACAGUGAUGGCUGGUUAUUUGCAAUCGCAUAUUGUUGCUAGAGAAAUGCCCAUUGCAUGCCCCACCUUUUCCUUUCUCUAUGCAUCUGUUGUGUGCCACCCUGUGCCCUGCCACGUCCCCAGGAUGCACAUGAAAUAAGUGCAUCCUUAUGACAGAUACUUUCACUCUAGCCUGUUAAAGCAAGGAAGGAAAAUCUGAAUUUCCCUAUGGAACAAUCUAUAAAAUUGUUUAUAACUCUUGCCUCUUGCAUUUUGGCAAAUCCUCCAUAAUCCCCUUGCCUGAGAUCACAUAGGCAGAUAGCCAUCAGGGGAAGUUCCUGAAUCUGCCAGUGUUUGCCCAGAUGCUCUGCACAGAGGAUGCCUGCGCAGCAUCCAGAUUGUCUUAUCAAACGCAAAUGCUUUGUGUAAACUGUGUCUGGAACCAUGUAAAACUGUCUAAUCCUCAGGAAUGUCACACCUUGGCCUGCCUGAGUCACUGUAACCCCACCUUAUUGUGAUUUAUUUCUGACUAUUCGGAAAGGAGAUGCAAACCUUUAAGAAGAGAUGCUUUUGCUCUCUUCUGGGUCCUUCACCUGACAAGGGGGGGGGCAGGCUGGGUCUCUGUUGCA